AUGCUCUGGUUCUUUCCCCGCCUGAUGCUCCAUGCGCUCACCUUAAUCGCAUACUACAUCCCGGCCCAGGUAUUUGCGCUCCUGGGCACCUCGUUCAGCAUCACUUUAUCCUUUUACUCUUUGCUGUUUAUCAUGCUCGCUUUUGGAACAAUAGUAUGGGCUUACGUGCGCUACCGCUAUCUCAACAUCUACUCGCAGCUUCCUCGAGAAGAGCACCGGGUCGAGCCAAAGGUCGACGUGCUCCUCUACCCCACGAGUAUGCCCAGCCAUUAUGACAAACCUGGAUUUUCGAGCUAUCUGGACGAGUUUUUCAGCGGGAUCAAGGUGUUUGGAUAUCUGGAAAAACAGGUCUUUCAUGAACUGACGCGGCACGUGCAAACCCGGAAGCUGAUCGCCGGCGACACCAUGCUUCUGGAGGAGGAGAAAGGUUUCUGCAUUGUCGUCGAUGGCGAGGUACAGAUCUACGCACGUCCGGCUCAAAACCAAGCACGGUCGUCGUUCAGCGAUGAUUCAACCGACGGAGACGACGAAGACGGUGGAUACAGACUACUGACAGAAGUGCGCAACGGUGCACCCAUGUCUUCGUUAUUCACCAUUCUUUCUCUCUUCACCGAGGAUAUCGACAUAAGCCCCCAGGCCGAGCACGAGCGCCGACCUUCUUCCGCAAUGUAUUCUCCACCCAUGAGACCGAUGUUUGAGGAUUCAGUACCAAUGCGGACAGAUUACAAAGGGGAUGAGCUGAGUCCGAAGCUUUUACCGCUUCCCAAUAUCCCUCCGUUGAAUGAACGACCCUCGUCUGGUUCUUACCCUGGGCCUGAGCAUAAUAAGAGACAUAGAUCCCCUACCUCAUCCUCAGAUCCUGCCGGAAUCAUCGCCCGUGCGUCGACGGAUUCGACUAUUGCAGUUAUUCCAGCCGAAGCGUUUCGGCGCCUAACUCAGAAAUAUCCACAAUCUGCUGCACACAUCGUCCAGGUUAUUCUCGCUCGCUUCCAGCGCGUCACUUUUCAGACCGGCAAUAAUUAUCUAGGCCUCACUUCUGAGAUUCUGAAGACUGAAGUCGCGUUCAAUGAGCUGCUGAGGUAUAAUCUACCCAGUCACAUCAGCGCUAGUGCAAUCGAGCGAAUCAAGGCUCAGUUUGACGACAUGUCAGAAGAGCAAUCGUACAUCAACAUCAACACCCCCAAACGACGAACUUCGGAUGCUGCUCUAUCGGGUACGCCGGUACGAGGACCGUGGGGCGAGACGCUGAAGACAAAGCCUAGAUCGACUAUUCAGCAGAUUCCUGAAGAUCAUGAAUAUACGCCAAAAAGCAACUUCUCGCACGACAAGGUGAUGGCCGGAGAUCUGGCGUCGAACACGCCUCCUCCGACGGCUCAGAGACAUGCAUCUUCUUAUACGUCAACGCAAUUUGUACCGCAGCGGCCGCAUCUGAAGCUUCAGCUAUCCACAAAGUCUUUAAAGUCUGGCUUUGGCAGUAUUGAUUUUUCCGAGCUCGGAGAAAAUGACGAGGACUCUGAUGGCGGCGGUGAUAUCCGGGGAGCUCGGAUUGAUGAAGAUGAGAACAGGAAGACUCUUGAUGAGAUGAAGGGCGCAGUGGUAGAAAGCAUUUUGGAGGCGCUAGGUGUGACAAGAUACUCUUUGGAUGGCAAGUCUCCUACUGCCAUGUCGGCAGAAAACAGCCCGAGGUUCAAUCCGUUUGAGAACAGACGCAAUACAGGCCAUCGAUCUUCGCUUAACAGCGUGAAAGGUGGGGUCCCCACGGGUCUUGGAAAUCUUGGCUUUGGCAUUGCGAAUCCGGUAUUUUUGGACGAUGAAUCAGUGGCUUCAAGUAGCAUCCACCAGCAACAGACGCCGCUCGCCACGUUUGCUUCGAUCAAGAAAGAGCUUUGCAAAGAUGUUGAGAUUGUACAUUACAAAGCUGAUACCCGGAUCGUCAAGCAAGGUGACCCGAAUCUCGGUCUCUAUUACGUGAUUGACGGCUUUCUGGACGUCUGCAGUCGCGAAAAGUCUGGCCAGCUGAAGACGAUCUACACGGUGAAGCCAGGAGGAAUUGGCGGCUAUUUGGGAGCCAUGUCGGGGUACAACUCAUUCGUUGAUAUCAGAGCCACUACCGACGUAUACAUCGGCUUUCUACCGAACAAAUCGCUCGAUCGAUUGAUCGAACGUCAGGCAAUCAUCAUGCUCACGAUGGCCAAACGCUUAACGUCGGUGAUCUCGAGUUUGAUUCUGCAUUUGGAUUUCGCGUUGGAGUGGGUGCAGAUUGGUGCCGGGGAGGUACUUUAUCGGCAGGGGGAUGAGGCAGACUCGAUCUUUAUAGUGUUGAACGGCAGACUGCGCGCGCUCAAAACGGGAGAGACGGGUGAGGUCGAACUGUUUAAUGAGUUUGGGCAGGGUGAAAGUGUAGGAGAGUUGGAGGUUCUCACUUCUUCCAAGCGCCCCUUUACUAUGCACGCUGUGCGCGAUACCGAGAUCGUACGCUUCCCGCGCACACUAUUCGAAAGCCUUGCCCUUCAAAACCCCGCAAUCACAAUUAAGAUCUCGCAGAUAAUUGCCUCGCGAGUCAACAGUCUUGUGAACAAGGAGCUGCGGGGUAAUAUGGAAAACACUGUCGGAUCGACGAUGCCAAUGUCGGGCAACUUCCGCACGGUCGCGAUCUUACCCGUGACGUCGGGGUUGCCGGCGAAGGAAUUUGCAACGCGUCUAUCGCGCGCGAUCAUGUCGAUUGGACAGACCAGUAUCUUGCUCGAUCAGGCUGCGGUUUUGAAGCACCUCGGCCGGCACUCGUUCAACAAGCUUGGAAAGCUGAAGUUGAGCGGGUACCUGACCGAUCUCGAGGAACGUUAUCAGACGGUGCUUUACGUUGUCGACACGGCGGUUACUUCGCCAUGGACUCAGACGUGUAUCUCUCAGGCUGACUGCAUUUUGCUGCUGGCGGAUGCGAACGCAGACCCUUCUAUUGGCGAGUACGAAAGAGUCUUGCUUACCGCGAAAACUACGGCCAGGAAGGAACUCGUACUGCUGCACCAGGACCGCUAUGUGCCCGCGGGGCAGACGAAGAGCUGGCUGAAGCACAGGACGUGGGUGCAUUCGCAUCACCAUGUGCAGAUGCAGUUCCGAGGUCCAGUGCCGAGCAAUACGCACGCGUUUUUGGGCACGCAGUUUCGAAAACUGAAGAAUCGCGUGCAAAACACGCUGCAGACUGAGUUGCAGAAAUUCCGGCAGCCGCUGCCGACUAGACCUGUGUAUCUCUCCAGUCAGGUGCACAAGAACGACUUUGCGAGACUGGCGAGGAUUCUCUCCGGGCAGUCGGUAGGAUUGGUCUUGGGCGGAGGAGGAGCGCGCGGGUUGUCUCAUUAUGGCGUGAUACGGGCGUUGGAGGAGGAAGGCAUCCCGAUCGAUAUCGUGGGAGGAACUUCAAUCGGAGCGUUUGUCGGGGGCUUGUACGCUCGCGACUCAGACAUGGUUCCGAUCUACGGCCGACUGAAGAAGUUUUCGGGCCGGAUGACGAGUCUCUGGCGGAUGCUUUUCGAUCUCACGUACCCGGCCACAAGCUACACCACCGGCCACGAGUUCAACCGCGGGAUCUGGAAAGCGUUUGGGGACUCACGGAUCGAGGACUUUUGGCUGCAGUACUACAACAACACGACCAACAUCACGCACUCGCGCAUGGACUUUCAUUCUUCGGGGUACGCGUGGCGAUAUAUCCGCGCGUCGAUGACGCUCGCGGGGUUGUUGCCGCCGUUGACGGAUGAUGGGAGCAUGUUGAUGGAUGGUGGGUAUGUGGAUAAUUUGACAGUCACGCAUAUGAAGGCGUUGGGCGCAAAUGUUGUGUUUGCGGUCGAUGUCGGGAGCGUGGAUGAUACGUCCUCAAUGAGCUGGGGAGACUCUCUUUCAGGCUUCUGGGUGCUUCUAAGCCGGAUCAACAUCUUCUCGCGACAACCCACGAUCCCAAGCAUGGCAGACAUCCAAGCCCGCCUGGCGUACGUCUCCUCGGUGGGCGCGCUCGAGAAAGCCAAAAACAUGCGCGGGGUGGUCUACAUGCGUCCGCCGAUCGAAAAGUACGGCACGCUCGAGUUUGGCAAGUUCACCGAGAUCUCGGAUGUCGGGUACGAGUACGCAAAGGAGUUCUUUGCAAAGCUCAAGCAAGAGGGGAAGUUUCCUGAGAUUCCGGGUGUCGCGAGGGUUAGCGAUCGGUCGAAGAGGAUUAUCCAGCGCCGGAAUUCGAUUUGA